AAGAGACGGUGUGACGAUAACACACGUCGCUUGAAACGAUAAGUCGAAGACAAUGAUUUCAACGAAAUCAUACUUUAUUGACACACUAAAACACAAACUAGAAAACAGUAAGAAAAACAAGAGUACGUACCGACGCCGGAGCCGGCGCCGGCCGGAGGUUAUAGUGAAGAAGGUGUUGACUUUUAUUUAUCGCUUCAGAAGUCGCACGGUUUGAGAGAGAAAAAACGGUUAUUUUAAAUAUAAAAUCAUUUUAAAUAUACAAAAUCGUAACAGCUUUGUCAAACUAAAAUAACAAAGCGUAAGCCGGGACUUUAUUUUUGAAUAGUUAUACUUAUAUCACGUAAUUAAAAAGUCUUAAAAUCUCAAGUUUAAAUAUUCUUCCAACUGAGUUCCGAUAUUUGCUGUAACGAUAUGGAAUGGAACUAGUUGUCAAACGAAGAAAAAUUCAAAAAGUUUUUUUCCUUUAUUUAAAAAACAACUCGCAACAAGAAUUUGUUUAUUAGAAAAAACAAAUUAAGUUGUAUCUAGGACUUAUCGUUUAUUCUCUCUACCAUCCAAGAGUCCCUGAGAGAUCUUAUCUGUUUUACAGUUACUGUAAGUCUGCAAAGAUUAAAAUGAUAAAUUAAAAAAUUGCACGAUCUCCCAUUUGUUGUCUUCUACGUUCUCUAUUUCCUUUUCUGUUUACCUUUGUUUUAAAAAGUGCUCUUUCGUUUGUGGUUCUCACGGUCUUGAGCCUUUCAGUUUCCUUCAACAGAGACCAAAUCAUUUUUUUCAUUUUUUUUUGCAAAAUCCAGGUUUGUCCCAGCGCCGGCACUGACCACAAUUGUCAUUAGCAUUGAAACUUGUCCAUGAGAAACGAUGAGAGUAUAUGAGUCUAUGAACAUGGAGGAAAUUCACGAACAGAUCCAUUAAAAGAGGACUUUUGGGAUAAGACGUUAUUAUUAGAGAUGAAUUUCACAGAAUCUAUGAACGUUGUGCACAACAGAAUCCAACAACUCGAACCUGAAAAUGCUUCCAAAAUCAUUGGUUAUCUCUUGUUGAUGCAAGAACAUGGCGACCGGGACAUGAUCCGUCUCGCCUUCUGCCCUGAUUCUGUGAUGCGUUCCAUGAUCAACUUCGUUAAAUGCGAACUAGCUAAAGAUCCUCGUUACUACAGCCCUCCUUCUGAUCACCUUCCUAUUCGUAGUAGUUUUGGAUCUUUCACCGGUUCAUCAAUCCAGCCUCCCUCGGCAUCGGUUUCUCCUCCUCUGAGAAUCGGUUCUUGGGAGAAUUCAACUGAGGUUGAUUCACUCCAGUUCUUGAACUUUGACGAGUCAAUGACAAGCCCUGAGUUCUCUAGUGGCUUCUUCUCCCGGGAUCACCAAUGUCUGCCUUUGAGAACGAGCAGGAGAUCACCGAGUUUACCCGAGUUCCCGGUAAAAAUAUGUCACUACUUCAGCAAAGGGCACUGCAAGCACGGCAACAAUUGCCGCUACUUCCACGGGCAGAUCAUUCCGGAGAGAGAGAGUUUCUCUCAGAUGUUUAAUCCAAACAACGUAAGUGAUGAAGAGCACGUUGUUUCUCCUGGAUCACUAGAGAAGCUUGAAGGAGAGAUCAUCGAACUGCUGAAAUCAAGAAGAGGCGCUCCAAUUUCCAUAGCUUCGUUGCCAAUGAUGUACUUCGAAAAAUACGGUAGGACCCUUCAAGCUGAAGGAUAUCUCACUGAGUCACAAAGACAUGGCAAAGCUGGCUAUAGCCUCACCAAGCUUCUUGCUCGCUUGAAGAACACCAUCCGUCUCAUCGACAGGCCUCAUGGGCAGCACUCGGUUAUAUUAGCAGAAGAUGUACCAAAGUUUGUGGAAUACAUGGAAGAGAGAAACGAACACGGAGCGAUCCUUGCUGGUUCCAAACAGAUUUACCUGACAUUCCCAGCAGAGAGUAGUUUCACCGAGCAUGAUGUCUCAAACUACUUCUCCAAGUUUGGACACGUGGAAGAUGUGAGGAUUCCUUGUCAACAGAAGAGAAUGUUUGGAUUCGUAACAUUUGUUUACACCGAAACCGUCAGACUCAUUCUUGCUAAAGGCAAUCCUCAUUUCAUCUGUGGGGCUCGUGUUCUCGUCAAGCCUUACCGGGAAAAAUCACGCUCUAGUCGAUAUCUUGACAAUAACAAGCCUCUUCACGGGAUGCGUUAUGGCUCCCAAUACAUCGACAGAGACAUGGAGAUGAACACAUUGCCAGCGCGUGUAAGUGAGAGCUCAAGACUAAUGAGAAAGCAGUUUCUUGAGGAACAUGAGCAAUCGGUUUCAAAGUCCUUGCCUACUAAUUACUCCUAUCUCGGCUUCUCCGAUGACUUUAAACUAACAGCAGAUGCGGAGCUAGAGGAACAAGCAGGACGGUUGAGCUAUCUGCUGGAGUAUUUGAAUACCGAAGAUAACGUCCUGAACAUAUCCACUAACUGCAAAGACACUGAUCGGAGAAUCCAUUGUGAACCUAUGGACAACCAAGUCUUGAAUCUACCAGAGAGUCCGUUUUCUUCCCUUUCUGGGAAGGAGAUUUCAACAGUUACAUAGAGAUGAAGAGAUUAAUACCUAACCAAAAGAGAGAAGAGAAGAUAGGAGCAUAAAGGUUAGAGGAAAUUUCACAAAGAUCUAAUAAUCAUCGAUCAGCGAAAAGAGAGUUUUUUUUAAUAAUGUUCUUGCAUGGCAACUUUAGAAUCUUCAGCAAUAACACCAAAGAGAAAAAGAGUUGAUAGAAACACACAAGUUGUUUGCUUCAACUACAACAUGAACGAGAAAAUUAAAGUACACGUUGUUAUUAUUCAAAACUUCAUAAAAUGUUUAAUUUGUUUCUUUUUUUUGCAUGUUCUCACUUAUCAAUUUUAUUAUGCUGAUAGAUCAUAUCUCCUUGUACAUUAUGAUAAUCAAUCUAGUUUUAAGAAAGUUUUAUUGGAGAUGA